AUGGCGUCCAGCCCCUUUGCCGCCAUGACCAGGCUCUCCCCGCAAGUCUGGCUGCACGAGCACUCAUCCUCAGCAGCAGCAGCAGCACCGUCACCCGCGAACGCACCCAUUCCCAUCCCUCCUCCUCCUCCAAAGGUCAUCCUCCUGGCGUCCUGGAUGGGCGCCCGCGACCUGCACAUCGCAAAGUACACGGCCCGCUACGCGGCCCUGUACCCCUCCGCCAGCAUCCUCGUCGUAAAGUUCGACCCGGCACAGCUCUGGUUCUCCGCCGCGGGACGCAGAGCCGUCGGCCCGGCCGUGGCAUAUCUCCAGUCCAUGGUGGCCUCGGGGGAGCUCCACACCGGCACUGGUAGUGGAAGUGGAAGUGCCCGUGAUGGCGACGACGGCGGCGACGACGACGACGACGACGACAAGAAACACAAGCCGCAACUGCUCAUCCACCUCUUCUCCAACGGCGGCGCCACGACAAUGCAGAACAUCUACCUCCACUGGCACAAGCAGCAGCAGUCGCCACCAAUGCCAUUCCCGGCAUCAGUCGCCAUCUACGACUCCGCCCCGGGCCUGCCCACGCUGGCGAGCACGUACCGCGCCUUCUCCAUCUCCCUGCUGCCCAAGCAGGCCAUCCUGCGCGCCAUCUUCACUCCGGUCCUCGCGGCAUUUUGCUUGGGGGUCUGGUUCCACGUCCGGUUCGUGCUCAAGGCUUUGCUCGCCCCGCUGGGCCUGGCGGAGCUCGACCCGCUGUCGCGCAACUUCAUCGUGCUCAACGACUCUGGCCCAAGCAUCAGCAGCAGCAGCACUGAUGAUGCUGAUGCUGAUGCCGCCGGGGAGCAGGAGGGCGCCGCCGGGGAAGCAGUAGCAGGCAGCAGAGGGGGCAUGAUUGGCAGACAGACCCUCCGGACCUACAUAUACAGCAAGGAGGACGACCUGAUUGACUACCGCGACUGCGAGAAGCACGCCGCAGACGCGGUCACCGGCAGCGGCGGCGGCGUCGGUACCCGGGGGAAGAAGAAUAGCCACCACCCCGGCGGCGGGAGGGUCAAGAUCCCCUGCCGGCUUGAAAUGUUCCACGGCAGCGGCCACGUCGCGCACAUGCGCCACGACCCGGACCGGUACUGGCGCGUCGUCGGCGAGACCUGGGCGCAAGGCACGCGGUAG